AGUUUUUAUAUGAGGUGUUAUAGGAGGGAUACUAAUAUUGCUCCCUGUGUUUUUCCCAGCCUCUCCUCUCUCCUCCCUCCCUCCUCCCUCCUCUCUCUCUCUCUCUUCCCACUGUACUGCAUUGAUGCUGUUACCUCCCUCAGUGGUGAUGUCACCGGCUCAGUGGAGCUCUAGCAUCCUUACCGGAGACAGACAUUCAGACAAUAGGGCCAUUUUGACCGCUUCAAGAGGGUGAAGAAGCGGACGAACACCAAAAACAAACAACCGACCGGCCUGCACCUUCCUUUCCUUCCCGUGUCGCCACUGGCAAGGCAGGGCCGAGAGAGGAGAGAGGAGGAGGGUUGGUGGAGGUGGUGGUUCAACAACACGACACCGUCGGCAGUCACCUCCUCUAGCUCUGCCCGUGUUCAUGGAGAGGAGAGGCUGCUAGCAGACCUGGAGGAGACCGGAGGAGGUAGCUCCGGAGCGGGAUAAUAAAACACGACAAACACGGUCUCUACACGUUACUGGCACUGCGGAGACCUGCAGGCCCUACACCUGGGCACUAAAGAAGGUACCCCGAGGUGCUAGGAAGAAAGCACCAUGGCUGGGGCCUCUGUGAAGGUGGCGGUGCGUGUCCGCCCCUUCAAUUCAAGGGAGAUCGGAAAAGAAAGCAAAUGCAUCAUUCAGAUGACUGGAAACACCACCACCAUCAACAACCCCAAGCAGCUCAAAGACAACAAGAGCUUCAACUUUGAUUACUCCUACUGGUCCCACACCUCGCCAGAGGACAUCAAUUAUGCCUCUCAGAUGCAAGUGUACAAAGACAUCGGAGUAGAAAUGUUGCAGCACGCUUUCGAGGGAUACAACGUCUGCAUCUUUGCUUAUGGUCAGACAGGCGCUGGCAAGUCCUACACCAUGAUGGGGAAGCAGGAUGUCAAGGAUCAACAAGGGAUCAUUCCCCUGCUGUGUGAAGAUCUUUUCACUAAGUUCAAUGACAAUGCAGACAACAGCAAGUCUUAUUCUGUGGAGGUAAGCUACAUGGAAAUCUACUGUGAGCGUGUGCGGGAUUUACUGAACCCCAAAAAUAAAGGGAACCUGCGUGUUCGAGAGCAUCCUCUGAUGGGACCCUAUGUGGAGGACCUGUCUAAGCUGGCGGUCACCUCCUACAAUGACAUCUCGGACCUGAUGGACUCCGGCAACAAAGCCAGGACUGUGGCCGCCACCAACAUGAAUGAGACAAGCAGCCGUUCACACGCCGUCUUCAACAUCAUAUUCACUCAGAAACGCCUCGACGCUGAGACUGAUAACACUUCUGAGAAGGUCAGCAAAAUCAGUUUGGUGGAUCUGGCUGGCAGCGAGAGGGCAGAUUCCACUGGAGCCAAAGGGACCAGGCUGAAGGAAGGAGCAAAUAUCAACAAAUCUCUAACUACACUGGGGAAAGUCAUCUCUGCUUUGGCAGAAGUGGACUCUGGGUCGAAUAAGAAUAAAAAGAAGAAGAAGGUGGAAAACCACAUCCCCUACAGAGAUUCAGUUUUGACCUGGCUACUGAGAGAAAAUUUGGGGGGGAAUUCUCGUACUGCGAUGGUAGCUGCCCUGAGUCCAGCUGACAUAAACUACGACGAGACCCUCAGCACACUCAGGUACGCAGACCGCGCUAAACAGAUUCGCUGUAACGCCGUGAUCAACGAGGAUCCCAACAACCGAUUGGUGCGCGAGCUAAAGGAGGAGGUGUCUCGCCUGAGAGACCUCCUCUUCUCCCAGGGCCUGGGUGACAUCAUUGAGACAUAUCGAGCGUCUGGUGCUGACAUAGAGGGUUUGAAACACCUAUCCGAUCACAAGAACAAUAACAAUAAAGGCCAAGCUGUGAAUCAAAGGGAUGAUCUCUCCACAGUGACCAAUGCAAUGACGGGGAUGAGUCCCUCUCCGUCUCUCUCAGCCUUGUCCAGCCGUGCCGGAUCCAUCGCCAGUCUCCAUGACCGCAUCAUGUUCAGCCCGGGCAGUGAAGAGGCCAUCGAGAGGCUCAAGGAAACAGAGAAAAUCAUUGCUGAACUCAAUGAGACUUGGGAAGAGAAACUUCGCCGAACGGAGGCCAUUAGAAUGGAAAGAGAGGCCUUGUUGGCAGAAAUGGGCGUAGCAAUGCGAGAGGAUGGUGGCACAGUUGGCGUGUUCUCUCCCAAGAAGACACCUCAUCUGGUGAAUCUCAACGAGGAUCCUCUGAUGUCUGAGUGCCUGCUGUACUACAUUAAAGACGGGAUCACCAGGGUAGGUCGUGUAGACGCCAGCAGUCGUCAGGAUAUCGUCCUCAGCGGCCACUUCAUCAAGGAUGAGCACUGCACCUUUACUAGUUCUACUGGUCCAACGGGAGAGACAGUUGUCCUUGAGCCCUGUGAAGGAGCUGAGACAUAUGUCAACGGAAAACUGGUGACAGAGGCCACUGUCCUCAAAUCAGGAAAUCGCAUCAUCUUGGGGAAGAGCCAUGUGUUCCGGUUCAACCACCCUGAGCAGGCCAGGGCUGAGAGGGAGAAGACCCCAUGUGCAGAAACCCCCGCUGAGCCUGUGGACUGGGCCUUCGCCCAGAGAGAGCUGCUGGACAAACAGGGCAUCGACAUGAAACAGGAAAUGGAACAGAGGCUGCAGGAGUUGGAGGACCAAUAUCGCAAAGAAAGAGAGGAAGCCAACAACCUUCUGGAGAAGCAAAGACUGGAUUAUGAGAGCAAGCUGGAGGCUCUUCAGAAGCAGGUGGACCGUUACUAUCCGGAAACCCUUGAAGAAGAGGAAGAGCCAGAAGAGGAAGUGCAAUGGACAGAGAGGGAGAGAGAGCUGGCUGUGUGGAGCUUCCGUAAGUGGCGGUGCUACCAGUUCACCUCUCUCCGUGACCUGUUAUGGGGGAAUGCCAUCUUCCUCAAGGAGGCCAAUGCAAUCAGUGUGGAGCUUAAGAAGAAGGUCCAGUUCCAGUUUGUGCUGCUCACAGACACUCUCUACUCCCCCCUGCCUCAAGACCUGUUGCCCCCAGACGCGAGCAAGGACAGAGAGAAGCGACACUUCCCACGCACCAUUGUGGCUGUGGAGGUCCAGGAUCAGAAAAAUGGAGCCACCCACUAUUGGACAUUAGGAAAACUAAGGCAGAGGCUCGACCUCAUGAGAGAGAUGUAUGAUCGCGCCGCUGAUGUGCCCAACAACACCGCUGAAGACGGUGAAAACGUGAUGACAGGCGGCGACCCCUUUUAUGACCGCUUCCCUUGGUUCCGUCUGGUUGGCAGAAACCCCAUUUUCAAGACGUGCAUGAGCGAGCGCAUGAGUGACCCUACCCCAUCCCCGACCCUCUCCAACUCUGAAAUUACUGAGCUGGCCGACCCGCAGCGGGAGGGUCGAGGGGAGGAGGAGGAGUUGGAGGAGUUUGAUGACCUGGACGAUGAUAUCUUUUUGGACGACCCGAGCUCGGAGCUCGGGGGAGUGGAUGAUGAUGAUGAUGAUGAUGAUGAUGAGGGAGAGCUCUGCCGAGGCUCCGGCGAAGGCCUGGAUCCCUUUUACGACCGCUCACCAUUAUUCAGUGUAGUGGGAAGGGCUUUUGUCUAUCUGAGUAACCUGCUGUACCCGGUUCCUCUGGUCCACCGCGUGGCCAUCGUCAGCGAGAAGGGCGAAGUGAAGGGCUUCCUCCGAGUGGCGGUGCAGGCCAUAUCAGGUGCUUUGUGUUUCCCUCCAGCUGACGAGGAAGCUCCCGACUACGGCUCAGGAGUGAGGCAGUCAGGCACGGCCAAAAUCUCAUUUGAGGAUCAGCAAUAUGAAAAGUUCCAGUCCGAGACCUGCUCUGUAGGACUGUCCCGUUCAGGGAUCUCUCAGGAGGAACUUCGUAUCGUGGAGGGGGAGGGGCAGAAUGCAGAACUUGUACCCUCAGCAGAUGAGGUCAACAAUAAUACAUCUGAUGCAGAUGAGCUGGAGAGUCCGUUGAAGAGUCCGGACGGCUCGCUUGACACAACUCUGGAGCAUCUGAGGAUUGGUAAUGUUUUUACCUUCAGGGUGACUGUCCUGCAGGCCUCCAGCAUCUCUGCAGAAUAUGCCGACAUCUUCUGCCAGUUCAAUUUCAUCCACCGCCAUGAUGAGGCCUUCUCCACUGAACCCCUGAAAAACACAGGCCGUGGCCCGCCUCUUGGCUUCUACCAUGUGCAGAAUAUUGCUGUUGAAGUGACUAAAUCCUUUGUUGACUACAUCAAGACUCAGCCAAUUGUGUUUGAAGUGUUUGGACACUACCAGAAACAGCCUUUUCUUCCACUCUGUAAAGACGUCAUCAGUCCGCUACGUCCCUGCAGAAGACAGUUCCCACGAGUGAUGCCUCUGUCCAAACCAGUACCUGCCACCAAGCUGACAGCUAUGACCCGCCCGCAGGCAGGACCCUGUCACUGCAAAUAUGAUCUCAUGGUGUUCUUUGAGAUCUGCGAGCUGGAGGCCACCGGAGAAUACAUCCCUGCAGUGGUGGACCACAGAGGAGGGAUGCCUUGUCACGGCACAUUCCUACUGCACCAGGGCCUCCAGAGGAGAGUCGCUGUUACCAUCGUACAUGAAUCAGGAGGUGACAUGGAAUGGAAGGACAUCCGUGAGCUUGUUGUGGGUCGUCUCCGCAACACCCCUGAAGCUGACGAGACCAUCAUUGACCCCAAUAUUCUCUCUCUCAACAUCUUAUCCGCUGGGUACGUCAGGCCCAUGCAAGAUGACCGACAGUUUCUUGAUUCGGACAUGCCUAGCAUUUCCUUGGGAAUUGACCAUAGGACUUUCUACCGCUUCGAGGCCGCUUGGGAUAGUUCCAUGCACAACUCCCUGCUACUAAACCGAGUCACUCCAUACGGGGAGAAGAUCUACAUGACCCUCUCAGCCUACUUGGAGAUGGAGAACUGCACCCAGCCCGCAAUCGUAACCAAAGAUAUCUGUAUGGUGUUUUACUCUCGAGACACAAAGCUCUCAGCCUCCCGCUCUAUCCGAAACCUUUUUGGUACUGGAAGCCUGAGAGCAGCAGAUGGUAACCGUGUAACUGGAGUUUAUGAGGUCAGCCUGUGUAACCUGGCAGAUGCAGGAAGCCCAGGUAUGCAGAGGAGACGCAGGCGGGUGCUGGACACCUCAGUGGCCUACGUCCGUGGGGAGGAGAACCUGGCUGGGUGGAGGCCCCGCAGUGACAGCCUCAUUCUGGACCACCAGUGGGAGCUGGAGAAACUCAGCCUCCUCCAAGAUGUGGAGAAGACCAAACAUUACCUCCUGCUGAGGGAGAAACUGGAGUCUACCCUGUUAAUGGGCCAGGAGUCCCUGCAGACCUGCGUCACUGACGAGCUGAGUGAGUCCCCUCAGCCCCCCGAGGUCGACCAGGAGGUCAGCUCCAGCUCUGAAAUCACCACUGAGAGGCAGAGGGAGCUCGCUGCCAAGUGUUUGCGGCUGCUCACUCACUCCUUCAACCGAGAAUACAGCCAUGUGUGUGUCAGCGCCAGUGAAAGCAAGAUCUCAGAGAUGUCCGUCACAGUGCUCAGAGACUCCACUUCAAUCUCUGCUCUCAACACAAUCAUACCCUCGUCAACAUGUCCUUCGCUGGUUGAGGGUUGCUAUGGCAACGCUGAACUCAGACCCCCUAUGCCUCGCUCUCGUGCCGUCAGCCCCAGUCCUGACACGCAGCAGGACGCAGAGGCCAAGAAGUCCGUCAACGGAGCCUCUGAAACCAAACUACGGAUCCGCAGAUUUGUCCCUGAUAUCCAGGAGAUUAGAGUCAGCCCCAUUGUGUCAAAGAAGGGUUACCUACAUUUCUUGGAGCCACACACUAACGGAUGGGUGAAGCGCUACGUCGUUGUGCGGCGGCCGUAUGUAUACAUCUACAACACAGAGAGAGACUCCGUGGAGCGGGCUAUCCUCAACCUCUCCUCGGCCCAGGUGGAGUACAGCGAGGACCAGCAGGCAAUGCUGAAGACCCCGUACACAUUUGCCGUGUGCACAGAACAUCGUGGAAUAUUGCUUCAAGCUAUUAAUGACAAAGAGAUGCACGACUGGCUGUAUGCGUUUAACCCUCUCCUUGCUGGAACUAUCAGGUCAAAGCUGUCGAGAAGACGAGCCGGACAGAUGAGGAUGUGAGACAAGACAUACAAAUCUCAUGAGAGAGGGUUGAUCGCAGAGACUAAGAUGUACAUAGAUCCUUGUCCUAAUCCCUCCCCUUGUGCUGAGCCCCAUCUCCCCCCCGCUCCCUCCCUCCACCACUUUCACCAACGACCAUCUUUCCCCUGUACGUUCUCAGUUUAUCACUAGUGUCCUGAGCACCUAAAGCGCCCAUUUCGUGUCAGGCCUUUUGCUGCGGUGUGAGUCUCGUAUUGUGAAGAACCUCUUCAAAAAGCGUCACUGUACUGUACUGGAGUUAAUUCAUAGCCGGACGAAUGAAGAAAACGGAGGAAGUAGCAACAGUUUCUUAUCUCAGAUUACAUACGUAUGGUAAUGUACUGUAGUUGUUGUCAGUGACACAUCGAGCCUUAUACAUUUACUCUUUAAAAAAAAAAUGCAGUGACAUUUAUUUUUACCUGAAGCUGCCAUGUCAGUGAGGAUCACAUCGCUACAUUUGCAUCAGUAAAUAGAAAAACAUGCCGAUUCGUCUCUACUCUACAGCUAUAUAUGCAGUGUUUAAACUGGUUUGCAUACAACGUACAGCUAGAAAAUACACGCUAAGAGAAAAAAAAAAAUGACAGUUGAGUGUAACUCUUUAGAAUAAUUCCCUUUUCUGCGUCCUAUUCCUAAAAGUUCUUAGAAACUUUAGCACACACAGCCU